CCUUAAUUUUAAUGACUUUGAGCCACUUAAGCUCUUCUCUUGAGCUUUCUGCUUGCUGCUAUAACUUCAACAGGUCUUUGGCUUCAAAGUUUCUUCUUUGUGAUUUUGCAGGCCCACCCUGCAAUUUGUCCUGAUCUCUGCCUACCGAGUCAGCCUCCCUUCUCAAAGCGCUUUGUGGAGGUGUGCAUCAGAUGUACAAAGCAUCAUUUCUUUUAAGAGGGAAAGCCAGUCUUGCUCUGAAAUAUAAACAUUAUUUCUUCCUGUUUCUUCUCCCCCUGUUCAUCCCCAGCUUUCCCAUACACUUUUUCAGCCUGUGUCUUUCCUACCUCCUUUUUAAUCUUCUUUCCAAUUUUUGUUGCUCUUUGUUUGCUUAGCAGAGUUGUGUUUUCCUUGCUAGCCUCAGAGUAUUAGGACACAUUGCAGAAUAAACAGCAUUUCAGCUCUGAUAGGGCUGCUCUUUGCCUGCAGUGCAAGGGAUGCUGCUGCCAAUGUGUAAGGAGUUGGGGAGCUACACCAUCUAGUUCUGUCACUUCAGCUUCUGUGUUUGUGGAAACUGCUUUCUUGCAUUGUUCAGUAGUUAACAAACAGCUGUAAGGUGUGUUCUUCUUGCUCCGUGAUGUGGGAUGUGUGUGGGCGAGAAGUCUGGUCCUCUCACCUGUUCUGUGUAACCCCAAAGCUACAGGUUAACCUUAUCCACAUGGUGAAAUCUGGGGUGUGUGGAGGAGCGCAGGGGUCUGGACACUGCUCAGAGCUGCACAAAAGGUUUGGAGUGCAGAGGCUGUGAUGGUGUGAAGUGGAUCCAAACCUUGAUCAAGUCAAGACUUAGUGAAGGCACGUUUUUGUCUUGAAUCUCUGUAUAGGAAGCCUAUAGGUUGAUUAUUCAGAGAGUGAACAGCAUUUGCUAAAAGCUAUAGGUUCUAGAUGCUAAGGAGUAGUGGUCAUUCUUCAAGAGAGAACUGAAGGGAAACAGAAAGAAAUCUGUAAUUUUAGAAUUGUAGAGAUCAGUGUCAGGAGAAAAAGAGGAGAAAAGGUUUUCCUCAGAGAAAGUCUUGGGGCAGUGCUAUCCCAGUGGGAUGUGGAACAAACUCCUGUGGGAUAGGAAUGGGAAACUCAGUUCAGAAUUUCAGCUCCGGCAACUUGUGUGGGCUGGUGAGCGGGGAGGCCGUGCGGUGGUGACGUACUGUAUCAGCGUGUUCCUUGCUUAGAGAGCUGCUGAGAUAGAAAUCCAAGGCUGAAAUGCUACUUGUCAGCUUGGACUGUAGAGAGCAGCAGUUUAGUAUUUAAUCUUAGAGCUGGAAAUAAGACAACCUGAAAGGAUAUCUGACUUUGUUUUUAAUGCUCGAUAGAAGGAGGAUUAAAGAAAGGAAGGUAAUGGUGAGGCUAACAGAUGUUCCAAAACUGCUCUGAUAAGGCUGAGAUGGCAUUGCACGUAGGUGAGAGACUGGUAAGUUUCAGGGAUGCAUCUUAAUUAAUAGUUGGGAUGUGCCGGUUCUCAGAAUCUUGUACCUAUGUAGUACUGGAUAGGAGAGCAUCUCUCAAGUCCAGAAAUCCGGUGUUCCUGGUAACUCCAGUCUUUUAGUUUCAUAUUUGAAUGUAUAGUGUAUAUAUGGGAUCAGAAAUCACUCUGUAACCGUAACAGUGGUUAUUAGGUUGAAGUAAGGUGUAAGAUGAUGUUCUGAUGAACUGCCUGGCAUGCAUCUAGGUGCAAGUCCUGCGGCUUUUUGAGGCUGUGCUCUGAGUUCUGUCACCUUGGGUUGGCAGUGGCUACUUGUUGAUGCUGCUGUUUGCUGCCAGGUAGAAGGCGGACAGAUCCCUGUCUCUGACUCUGGGUCUGGGAGGUGCUUGGGCUGUGCUGCGAGCUCAGUUCAGGUCCAGAUUUCUGGUAGAGGUCACAGGGAGGUUUUGUCAGGAUGGCCUCAGCACAGGCCCUGUGCCAUCUGAGCCACUGCUUACCUGAGCACAGAGGUCCCUUGAACUCCAGUGAAGGGACUCCUGUUACAGUGUAAUUCUUGCCUUGAGUUGUUCUGAACAUGAAGAAUUAAACUGAGAGCUUACAGCAAGCAAUUUAAUCUCUUGAUUUAGGAAGGAGUCAUUCAGGAAGUGAGUUAAACAGGGGCUCCUUACAUGCCUGAGGAGGUAAGUCUGGGAAAGACCUGCUAAGUAAUUCACUGUAUUUAUCGGUGCUGUUAUGAGGUGUCUGCCACACUUUGCAUUUGCUUAGCUCUGUGAAUGGGUGCAACCUUACUCAUCCCUGCUUUCAUCAUCCUUUCUUGGGAGGGGAAGUGAACAAGCAGGCUUCAGCCUCAAGCAAGGGGGAAGUGAUCUCUGCAGAGGUGUGCUUUGUUGUGGGCCGUUAAUUUGUACAGAAGUAAAAACAGGCAGCGAUGCAAUUCCCCAAUUCCAUCGUAUUUUCAGAGAGGUCAUUGGAAAACUGGCAUCACCUUCACUUGCCCUUCAGCUGUACUACAGUUCUGCAGCAACGGUCAGCCCCAGGCAGCUCUUGGGUAUUGCACUUACCCUAUUUCAGUCAGGACUGGAGCUUUGUGGCAGCCAUGCAGAAGGAAAAGAGUUGUUUGGCAGAAUUGGUUGAGGGCAGUGCAGGAGCAGUUCCCAGCCUGGCUCUGAUCACUGGUGUAGAAGAUGACGGUCUUAGAAGUCACGCGUGUGAGAUGUUGCAUUGAAGCUUAAGAAAAGAAAAGUGGAAGGGGGAAGUGGUUUGUGCCUUUUCACUUAAUCAUGGUUAGAUUUAAAGAAGUGCAUGUUUAAGGUGACCGAGUUCUGAAACGACUCCUCCUCAAGGAAAUAAGCAGGUGCCUCGUACCCUCACUCUCCCUGCAGCCACCAGCAAAUGACUGCUUGGCUUUGGGAUACUGAAAACAACCACUUCAGCUCCCAAAAAAUGGCAGAUGGAGGGAGCUGCUCCCACCUUUCCUCUCAGAAGAAACUCCCCUACCACAACAGGAAAUGUUCUAAUCCCUCUUCCUGAGGCAUUUUUCUCUUUUCACCACCCUCUGUCUCUGAGGAAAGAAGACCGGGCUACCUGCCUCUCUGGAUGGAGUGGCCAAUCCUUGUCCCUGCUGAGGUUGGUGUGGGGCUGGGGGCACAGCUGGGCUCUUGGGGUUGGGGUGCUGUGACUGGUCAGUGUACACCACUUAGCUAAGGUGGCUUAGGCACAGAAAGAAGGAUAUCAGUCAACCCACAGGGAGAAAGCAUUGCUCUGAAAACCUGGUGGCAUGUGGUGAAACACCUUGUUGGCUGGACUGCCUCCCUCGAGGCUUUUUUUUCCCUAGGAUUUUAAGGAAGCAGGGAUGCCAGCCUUCUGUAACAGGUCUGCUUGGCUUCUGGUGACAGCCCCAGAAGAAAAGGCCACGUUCUCUCAGUUUUCUCCUUAAUAGAAAUUCUUGUAGGUUUUCUUUGUUGUAUGGCUUUUCGAGAUUGGUGGUCACUUUCCAGUGGCUUUUUUUGUUUUUAACUGAAGUAGGAUCUCCACAUCUUUCUUCACCUAUUCUCUUCUAUCUGAGUUAUGCUUAUCCUCAUCUUUUAUCUCUGUGAGAACACUUUUUUUUUCUUUUUCCACUGGAGUGUUGUAUGUAAAUCUGUAUAGAGAGUAUAUAUUAUAGUUCUUGUACAAUAAAUUAUUUGGUAGCUCUUAGGACAGCUGGAAGGUGUUGAGUGUUGCCUUGCAGUCCAUCUAAUCGCAUAUAAGUCAGGAUGUGAGUUGGGGAACGCAGUGAGCUAAUUUAGCAGGACAUUGUUCUGUGAGGAGAAGUUUCCACUCCGCCUUUGUCCCUCUGCACCCUUCUUCCCAGGCGCCUGGCUCUAAAGCAGCUGCGCUUGUCAGGUCCUUCUGGGAACCACUUUAGUUCACUGAAAUGGCAGAAAAAUAACCCGGGAAAAUGGAGAGCAGUUUGCUGUUGUAAUGAAUCAAACUGGCUCAUAAAAGGAUCUGAUGAACACCAGAGCUGGUACUAAGGACGAGGGGGGCCUGUGGCUUGGAGAGCAGCAAGCCCUUUUCAUCUUUUCAUUUUGGUGGCAGUGAGCAAGUGGAUUGGAUCAGUUGCUUGGGAACCUUCCUGGAUGAAACAGAGAUGGAAUAAUCAUUUGUGAAGCAAAGGACACCAAAAGGAAGAUGUGCUGGCUUGAGUUCAAACUGAUAUUGAAAUUUGUUUAUUCUAGCAGUGGUAUGGACUGCGUGCUCUAAAUUGUUUGUUAGAAUUAAUAAACUACUGUCCAGAAGUCGAUUUUCCUUUUGAGGUAGAAGAACAAAAGCUGAGGAGAUUUACUGAGGUAUAAAUGGCUUUUUGGAGAUCUCACAUUUGGAGUAUUUCAUCUUCAAAACACUUGAUUCACAAGAAAGUGCAUUGUUCUGCGUGUUUUCCUCAUUUUGUGUUGUUUUUGUGGGUGUGAUUCUCAGUGGUAAGCUUAAAGUUCUCCACUAGGUUCAUAAACUUACAGAUCCAAAUUGUAUGUCCCAAACUUUAUCAAAUCAAUGUUUAAUUCAGAGGGUUUGGUUACUCAGAACUUUAUCCCAAGUAUCUGCGUUAUUCUUACAUUAGUUUGAGGUGGUGCGAGAUUUCUUGGUCUUCAUAAUUAUCAAAGACUGUGUUGUUCUGAUGGUUCUGAAGCUUUCCCACAGAGAAAUGAACAUGUGAUUAAUUGCAAUCACAUUGCUCUUGGUUGUUUGAAAUGGGUGAAAAAUAUAUUGCAAGUAAAAUAGCAUGCUGUUUGGGUACUUGUUUCACAGUGCUUCUGCUGCCCUUUGGAGAGACAGAUGGGUGUUUGACAUUCUAUAGCUCUCAUAAGGAGUGGACAUAUGACAGAAAGUCAGCAGCUCUGUCUCAAGAGCUCAUGCUCAGGCUUCCUAACAAUUUUAGGUGACUUUCAGAGCAGCAGGAAUACAUCAGGAGAAGCUGCUUGCUUCUGAAGAGCCGUUGUUAUUGUGGAGUUCUAUGCGUAAACUGCCUACUGUAUGACAGAAAGGUAGCACACAGGUGAAAGAGUGGAUUCUCCUUUCCAUUUUUCUCGAAAUACGGACAACUGUGUGUGCUUUAGUGGAAGGUGAGCGCUUGCUGUGCUACUCGGCAGGAAGAAAUGUGCUGCCUCAUAGAUGGAUCCUUUUUGCAUGUUUUAAAUCUGAAAGUGACCUUUCAGGAGCUGCGGGGAUGGCAGGAGAACAGCAGAGGGGACUUGCAAGUUGGGACCUGAGGAUGUUGCACACUGCUUCUGGGGAAAGCUCUGAGGAGUGGUGGCUCUGACUCACGUUGUGUGUGUUCAGAGCGAAUACUGUAGUUACUAAAAGCAGCUUGUUUACUUUAGGAGUUGUAUGUGCUAGCUCUAAUGGAUGUUAGGAAGCCCAAAGCACAGCUGUAAAACAUCUGUCUCAGGGACCAGGUCUUGUCUGUCUGAUGAAUUUUUGUCCUGCAUUUCAUGUUCAGAUUUUAAAAAGAAUCUUUUUUUUCUUUUAGUAGGAAAGUUCUUACCCUUCCUGCUUGAAGGCUGGGUUACACUUGAAAAGCUAUCAUGCUGUUGUCCUGAAAUCAGAACUUAAAAUAGUGACUCAGUAUUAACUUAACUCCACUUCCUCUUUAAUCCGAUCAUCUUGCUUGCUAUAUGACCUUAUAACACCUUAAUUUAAAGGCUGCUUAUUCCAGUGGAUUAAAUUUGGAGGUGUCUGGAGCGGUGGGCAUUGCUACAGGAAGUGCUUAAGAAGAACUGAGAAACCACGUAGCCUCAAAAAGCCCCCAAAAUGGAGGACAGUGGAUGGAUGUUACUAAUGUAUGGUCUGUGCAGCAGUGCAGGACUUGCUGAAGGUUAGAGGUGUUUUGAGAAUAUGGUUCUGCUGUGCUCUGGAUAUAACUAUAUUCAUUUCUAAUGAGUGAAUUUGAUGCUCUCAGCUUGAUGUAUGCAUCAGUAGGCUACAAGGCAACAUACCUGCUCAGCACUUGCCCCUUGGGGUGGUCAGUUGGCUUUUCUUCCUCUCCUUGUAUUUAGUGCUAGUGGGCUCAGCAGGCAGCUGUGAGCCAGGGACUCCAGUGCUGCUCCCAGCAGCUACGUCAGGCUCAUAGUGAUGCCUUUUGAGGUCUGCCAUGCUGGGCUUGGCAAUAGUUGCUGUGUACGCACCAGCUCUCAUCACGUGAUUGUGGUUAUUUACACAGUGUUAAUUUUGUCUUGAUGCUGCUCUUGUGAGACAGGUGAAGCUUAGCCUUAAGAGCAGAGUUGGUCUUCUAUUGAGCACUUUUAGAAAUCCAUUAUGAUGUUUAGAAGUAGGAAGAGCGUAGUUUCUAUCAUACACUGUGUUAUUAGCCAUUUUGUCUCAUAUUUUCUGUGAAGGUUUUCUUCCAUCUCAAGUCAAACCUUGACUAAACAGGAACCAACCAAUCUCUUUGAACAGCUGUGUGUUGGGUGUGAUCUGAAUAUGGGGCUUACAGUCACUUUUCCUAUACUCGUGAAACCCUUGAUUGUUAUGAGCCUUGGAAAAAUCAACAACUGGCUUGUGCUGCCUUGUGUUGGGUGGAGGUUUAGCAGAAGGCUUGUUAUUCUGUAUGGGGCACACGCUGCUGCACUCCUUCCUGCAGUGGCAAAGGCUGGAAACUGUGGAGAGGCACAGCCCGUAUUCUGCACUUCUUGAGGGGAACAUCCACAUUGCAGAUUUAGAACGAUGAGCGCAGUUCCUGCUUAAUAGGUAACAGAGAGGUUUUGUUUUCAGCAGCUAAGGUGUUGCACAAUGACUGGUGGCUUGGAGCUGAAGAUUGAAUUCAGUCUUCCAGUAAUUCCUUUAAGUGCUUAACCUAAAUAUGUUGUAGUUAUUUUAAGUACCUUUUUAUAAGGGUAGUAAAACUUCAAGCCAGUGCUUUGACUUGAUAUUAUCUCUUACAGCUGCUGUUUAAAACAGAAAAAAAUAUGAACAUUUUAAUUUUUUUAGCACUUCGUAUUGUUUUAACUCCUUCUCCUUCAAUGUGAAAAAAUAUAUUUAAUGUAAGUUCGGUAUUCCUGAAAUUUCAAUGUAUAACACAAUUUGGCUUUGAUUUAUUCUGAAACCGAACUUAGGAUCCACUGAGUAGCAUACAGAGAAGCCCUGCUUGUGCUGCAGUGUUGAGUACUGCCAGCAUUUCCAUUACUCCCUUCAUCCACUGUUUUCCUUCACCUGUGCUCCAAAGUGGAUAAAACCAGAUUAUAGACUUUUUUUUUCUUAUUGGAGUAGUCCUUAAUGCAACAAAAAAAGGUAGCGUUUCAGCAUAGCCUGAUACUCAUUAUUUUGGGUGUCCUUGUCUCAUUCAUGCUAUGUGCUCCCAAGCGUUGUGAUGGCACUUCAGCGGUGAUAACAGGCACCGAAAUGCAGUUUCUUUGCGUGAGGAGAGCAAAAUGAUAUACUGAAAGUUGCAUAUUAUCAAAGUAGCAUAUUUGUUAAGAGCUAUGUUAGUUGUGUUACAAUCUUGCUUUUUUAGUGGCGGAAUGGCUGCCCCAAGGAUCUGCAUUAUCCCCAGCCCUGCCUAGCAGUGCCCUGGUGGAGGCUGUCCAGGAGCAGAGUAAGCCCUUCAGCCUCUGCAACUUCACAGCUCAGAAUUUCCUUGGAAAAAGUGAUGGGUAACACUUAAUGAGUUUUUCUUGCAUGAAUUCGCCCAGUCCUUUCUCAGUCUAUGUAAACUCUUUAGCUUCCAUUGGGACUGCGGCAAUGAAUUCUGCAGCUUAAGUACACAUUGUAUGAAGAACUGCUUCCUUUUAUUUGUUUUAUUUUGAACCUACCACCUGCUAGUUUUGUUUGAUGUUCUCUAGUUUCCUUGUUAAGAGAGAGGGAACAAUGGCUCCCUACUUACCUGCUCUGUGCUGCUGGUGCUUCUGUAGGCUCUCUCUGGUUCUCUCUUCAGUUGUCCUUUAUCUGGGCUGGAGACACGGUGCCCAUCACUCUACUGUGGUCUUUCAGUCAUUUUACUCCUGACGUGGAACUGCAGGAGGAUAUGGGUAUUCCACAGACUUGUGCAGCAACUUCAGUGAUCAUCUCUGCUGCAGUUGUUUCUUUGUUUUUAAUUUUUAUUUUUCCAGGACUGCUCGUAGCGUUUAGAAUUCUUAGAGUACAGCUGAGUCUGUUGACAGAUGGUGUCUUCCUAGAUCCAUCUCUUCUAGCUCCCAAAUCUCCUUGAGAGUGAGGCAGAGCUCAGGAGGAUGUAUGUGAAGCAGUCAGGCUGUUUUUUUCCAGGUGUGUUGCAUUCUGUUUACCCACGCUGACUCUCAUCACCAUUUUAUUUCACCUUUGCUGGGUAUGAUGAAGAUUUGCCACUUCCUGCUUUUGAUUUUCACUUUUAGCAACAUGAACUCUUUGCUUUUACCAGCAAAGUUACUUUAGGGCUCAUCUCCUGUUGAUCAUUUACAUGCAUGCUAAACAACACGGGUCUUGUCAUAGACCUCACAACACUCAGUUGACCUUUCCUAACACUUCUCUCCUGUUUAGAACAGCCUGCUUACCCAUGUGCACACCUUCCCUCUUUUGCAGUUGUGGUGUCAUUUAAAGAACCUGUGGUGGAGGACUUUGGUCAGAAGUUGAGGUGUAUUUUGAACAUACAAGUCAGCUCAGACUUUGACCUCUUAUCAAUUGUUUCAAAGAAUUUGUACGUAUUAGUAGCACUGGGCUUUUCUAUAGGAAGGCACCACCAGUGCUUCUGUGGUCUGUAUUUAUCCCUGUUCCCACGGAAGUUGCUUCUUGCAUCUUCUCUGUAUUCACCCCACUGAGAAGCUGGACUUGCUGGCCUACAGUUCUUAACAGCCUAAAUGUGUGACUGCCUUUCAGGACGUGAAAGCAGUAUUUGACACCAAUGGUAUGGUGAAUAGAUAAGCUGUUUUAUCCUUGAGCUUGUCAGAACUCUUGGCUGAGUACCAUCUUGUUUUGGGAACUUGUUACUGUUUGCUUUAGCUUGACCCAAAACUACCUUUGAGGCUUUCUGCAAAGAAAAAUUCCAAGAAAAGCUUCCCUUAGCUUCUCCAGUGACAGUGAAUGCAAGAAGUCCUUUGUUUUCUUAGACUGUUUUGUAUCAUGGCUGUGCAUUAGCCCAGUGGGUUUGCCAGAAGGCUUCACGUAUGUGGCCUGUGUGAAAUGAACUUUUAUUGCUUUGCCCUUUUGCGCAUGUGCUAUUUGUUUACAUUUUUACUUGCUAGUUCUUUUAUUUAUUAAUUCUCUCUUAUGAAGAAUGUUAUUUAUUGCGUUAAUUUCCCCAGCUUCUGGUUUACUUUUGAAUGUUUUUACUCUGGUUUUUUGUUCUAUUUUUUGUCUGUCAUUUGCAACCAUUUUGUCCAACUUUGGUUCUCUUACCAAGCUUCCUCAUUUUUCAUACUUUUUUUUCAAAGUAAGCAUUCCAAUAGUAUGUUUUGGUGGUUGCUGCUUUUUAGAAAUGCUAAGCUUAAAUGUAUUUAGUAAAUGUCAUUAGCGAUAGCUGUUAUGCUGUAGUCAAGUCAAAUGUGAUGUGGACAAACGUGAAUGUAAUAUAAUUUGUUAGAUGUUGAAAUAAUCCAUAAUCUUGUUAAAAUGCUACACUGUAACACUGCAUGUUUCACUAUAACUUCAGAGAAGUGUUGAAGAAGUAUGGUUUAAUUUGCUUUUAUAACCUGUUUUGUUCUUGCCAGCAAAUCAGUUACCUUGCCGACUUGUACAAGUGGCAUGGAAACCUGAAUUGAAUGGGAUGGAUUUAAGAAUGAGACAAAGUAUGUGACUGUGUCCUUUGAUGACAGUUCCCCAUCAGUUGUAAAUUGGUGCAUUUGUCCAAAUAUGCAGUAUAAAAUAGCAUUACAAUCUAGCUGUAGUUAUCAUGGGACCCAUAACUUUGAUUUUUCUUCUUCUUCGCUUCCCAUGUGAAAACCUCUAGUGUAGUAUAGUAUUUAAUUGUUUAACACUGAGGUCUCUCUGUUUUAUCAUAGUAUGUGACAUGUUACAGUACCACUCUGUAUAAAAACGUUUGGUGCUUGAAGCCGUGGUGGAACAGUAAGAGUUUAUUCACAUAUAGAUGAAACUAGUGUAUUUUAAAAAGUUUGCAGAAAUAGUAUCUUCUUUGUGGGGGCUUUUGAGAAUUAUAUUGCUUUGCUUAGCUGACACGUACUUGAGAAAGUAGGAUCAAACUGAAAACAUGAAGUCAUGAGCAUUUACUGCUAUUUUGUGUUUCGUGUGAUAAUUUCUGUUUGAGACAAGGCUAUCUUGAAAGUUGCUUCGACUUCCAAAGUAUGCAGAAAUACUGCAUGUAUAUCUAUUUCAGACUAAGCAACUGAAUUUGGGGAGUUUUGCUCUUAACCAAUGGAAAAAAGUUUGUUCUGCAAAGAUCAUGAGCUGUUUGAGACUGCUUAUUCAUGAAGGUAGACUCACUGAUUUUGUGUGAUGAAGGAGCAGCUGGUUCAGAAGGGGUGCUCUGGAAGGUGGCAGUUGUGAGUUCACAGAAGUUAACAAAAAAGUGGAAUUUUUCGAGAGUUCUUCUGUCUCCUCCUGCCAAGACCAUAGGUGUCAUGAAGGGUUUGCACUCAUUCCAGGAGCAGUAACCAGACUUUGCCUGACACUGCGUGGUCCAAAAGAAUUAAGGAAAUAUGGAAUGACAUGAAGGAGAUUAGUUGAGGAUUAAAGGCUUUGAGGACAAAACACCUCGCCGAGGUGAAGCACAGACUAGCGUUCUAGUUGUAGCUCCAAGGAGCUGUGUGCUGCAAAAAGAUGGCAGAUCCAGGAAUGAUGAGUCUGUUUGGAGAAGAUGGGAAUAUUUUCAGUGAAGGGCUGGAAGGUCUCGGAGAAUGUGGAUAUCCUGAAAACACAGUAAAUCCUAUGGGGCAGCAAAUGCCCAUGGAUCAAGGAUUUCCCUCUUUACAGUCAUCUCUUCAUCAUCCCCCUGCAAAUCAAAAUCAAGCAAAGUUGACCCAUUUUGAUCACUAUAAUCAAUACGAACAGCAGAAAAUGCACCUGAUGGAUCAGCCGAACAGGAUGAUAAGCAAUGCCCCUGGGAAUGGUAUAGCAUCUCCUCAUUCACAGUAUCACAACCCUCCCGUUCCUCAGGUUCCUCAUGGCAGUGGUGCUAGUGGUCAGAUGGGAGUCUAUCCCAGCAUGCAGAACGAAAGACACGGGCAACCCUUCGUAGACAGUGGCUCGAUGUGGGGGCCGCGGGCAGUUCAAGUGCCAGACCAGAUAAGAGCACCAUACCAGCAGCAGCAGCAACAGCCGCAACCGACACAGCCGCCACAAGCACCCUCCGGACCCCCCGGGCAGGGCCAUCCUCAGCACAUGCAGCAGAUGGGAAAUUACAUGGCUCGUGGUGAUUUUUCAAUGCAACAGCACGGUCAGCCGCAACAGCAGAGGAUGAACCAGUUUUCUCAAGGCCAAGAAGGCCUCAAUCAGGGAAACCCUUUCAUUGCCACCUCAGGACCUGGCCACUUGUCUCAUGUGCCCCAGCAGAAUCCCAGUAUGGCACCUUCUUUGCGACACUCAGUCCAGCAAUUUCACCACCAUCCCCCCACUGCUCUCCAUGGAGAAUCAGUAGCCCACAGCCCUAGAUUCUCCCCUAAUCCUCCCCAGCAGGGUGCUGUUAGGCCGCAAACACUUAAUUUUAGUUCUCGGAGCCAGACGGUACCCUCACCUACUAUAAACAACUCAGGGCAGUAUUCUCGAUAUCCUUACAGUAACCUUAAUCAGGGAUUAGUUAAUAAUACAGGGAUGAAUCAGAAUUUAGGCCUUACAAAUAACACUCCAAUGAAUCAGUCUGUACCAAGAUACCCAAAUGCUGUAGGAUUUCCAUCAAACAGUGGUCAAGGACUAAUGCACCAGCAACCCAUCCACCCUAGUGGCUCACUUAACCAAAUGAACACGCAAACUAUGCACCCUUCACAGCCUCAGGGAACUUAUGCCUCUCCACCUCCCAUGUCACCUAUGAAAGCAAUGAGUAAUCCAGCAGGUACGCCUCCUCCACAGGUUAGGCCCGGUAGUGCUGGAAUACCAAUGGAAGUUGGCAGUUAUCCAAAUAUACCCCAUCCUCAGCCAUCACACCAGCCCCCUGGUGCCAUGGGAAUUGGACAAAGGAAUAUGGGCCCCCGAAACAUGCAACAGAAUCGUCCUUUUAUGGGUAUGUCUUCAACACCACGGGAGAUGGGUGGGCACAUGAGACCAAAUGGUUGUCCAGGCGUUGGCCUUGCGGAUCCACAAGCAAUACAAGAACGACUAAUAUCUGGCCAGCAACUUCCUAGUCAGCAGCAGUCUUUUCAACAGCAAAUGCCAACCUGUCCUCCCAUGCAGCCUCAUCCAGGGAUACAUCAUCAGUCUUCACCACCGCCACAUCCUCAUCAUCAGCCUUGGGCACAGCUUCACCAGUCACCACAAAACACACCGCAGAAAGUGCCUGUCCUUCAGCAUUCUCCAUCGGAACCUUUUUUAGAGAAACCAGUGCCGGAUAUGACUCAGGUUAGUGGACCGAAUACCCAGCUAGUGAAAAGUGAUGAUUAUCUGCCAUCAGUCGAACCGCAGCCACAGCAAAAGAAAAAGAAAAAGAAAAACAAUCACAUUGCUGCAGAAGGUCCCAGUAAAAGUUUUGGUAAGGAAGACUUUCCUGGGGGACUUGACAGCCAGAAUCUAAGCAGGAACUCAGUGGAUUGCUCCCAAGAAGAUAAAAAGAAAAAGAAAAAGCCCAAGGCAAAAAAAGAACCGAAGGAUCCUAAAGAGCCCAAGGAAAAGAAGGAACCCAAGACCCCCAAAGUCCCUAAGACCCCUAAAGAGCCAAAGGAAAAGAAAGCAAAAAAUACCACGCCAAAACCCAAGACCAGCAAAAAGACAAGUAACAAGAAAACAGAUUCAGAAGCUAGUGCUGCGAAGAAAAAGGUUAACAAGGGAAAGGAAGGUUCUGAAAACUCAGAUUUGGAUAAAACUCCACCACCUUCACCUCAUCCUGAAGAUGAAGAUGAUCCAGGAGUUCAGAAGCGACGCUCCAGCAGGCAGGUGAAGAGGAAGCGUUAUACAGAAGACUUGGAGUUCAAGAUUUCAGAUGAGGAGGCGGAUGAUGCUGAUGCUGCUGGAAGAGACUCUCCUUCAAAUACUUCUCAGUCAGAGCAACAGGAAUCUGCUGAUGCUGAAGGUCCUGUUGUGGAGAAAAUCAUGAGUAGCCGCUCAGUCAAGAAAAAGAUGGAGAAUGGAGAGGAGGUAGAAAUAGAGGAAUUCUAUGUGAAGUACAAAAACUUUUCUUACCUUCAUUGUCAGUGGGCAUCUGUGGAAGAGCUGGACAAAGACAAGAGAAUUCAGCAGAAGAUUAAGCGGUUUAAGGCAAAACAGGGCCAGAACAAAUUCCUUUCAGAAAUUGAUGAUGAGCUUUUUAAUCCAGAUUAUGUGGAAAUCGAUCGAAUCCUGGAUUUUUCACGUAGCACAGAUGAUAAUGGGGAGCCUGUAACGCAUUAUCUGGUGAAGUGGUGUUCGCUACCUUAUGAAGACAGCACUUGGGAGCUCAAGCAAGACAUCGACCAAGCUAAGAUCGAAGAAUUUGAGAAACUGAUGUCUAGAGAGCCUGAAAUGGAGCGUGUGGAGCGACCUCCUGCCGAUGACUGGAAGAAAUCGGAGAGUUCCAGGGAGUAUAAAAACAAUAACAAACUCAGGGAAUACCAGUUGGAGGGAGUAAACUGGCUUCUUUUCAAUUGGUACAACACGCGAAACUGCAUUUUAGCAGAUGAAAUGGGGUUGGGAAAGACUAUCCAGUCCAUUACGUUUCUCUAUGAGAUAUAUUUGAAAGGAAUCCAUGGUCCUUUCUUGGUUAUUGCACCAUUGUCCACAAUUCCCAACUGGGAAAGGGAGUUCCGCACCUGGACAGAGUUGAAUGUGGUUGUGUAUCAUGGGAGUCAAGCAAGCCGGCGGACCAUUCAGUUGUAUGAAAUGUAUUUCAAAGAUCCACAGGGUCGUGUGAUAAAAGGGUCCUACAAGUUCCAUGCUAUUAUCACAACAUUUGAAAUGAUUUUGACUGACUGCCCCGAGCUUCGAAACAUUCCAUGGCGUUGUGUUGUAAUCGAUGAGGCCCACAGGCUGAAAAACAGGAAUUGUAAGCUUUUGGAGGGACUCAAGAUGAUGGAUCUGGAGCAUAAAGUGCUGCUUACUGGAACUCCUUUGCAAAAUACAGUAGAAGAGCUAUUUAGCUUGCUUCACUUUUUGGAACCAGGUCGCUUCCCAUCUGAAACCACGUUCAUGCAAGAAUUUGGGGAUCUGAAAACUGAAGAACAGGUGCAGAAACUGCAAGCUAUUUUGAAGCCGAUGAUGCUGAGACGUCUCAAGGAGGAUGUGGAAAAGAACCUGGCCCCCAAAGAGGAAACCAUCAUUGAAGUUGAGCUGACAAAUAUUCAGAAGAAAUACUAUCGUGCUAUUCUUGAGAAGAAUUUUGCGUUUCUCUCGAAGGGUGGAGGUCAGGCAAAUGUACCUAAUCUUUUAAACACUAUGAUGGAACUAAGAAAAUGCUGCAAUCAUCCGUACCUUAUUAAUGGUGCUGAAGAGAAAAUUUUGGAAGAGUUUAAAGAAACACACAAUGCCGACUCUCCAGAUUUUCAGCUCCAGGCAAUGAUCCAGGCUGCUGGCAAGCUAGUACUGAUUGACAAGCUGCUGCCAAAACUGAAGGCUGGUGGCCACAGGGUGCUUAUCUUUUCCCAGAUGGUGCGCUGCUUGGACAUACUGGAAGACUACCUCAUUCAAAGACGGUACCCAUACGAACGAAUUGAUGGCCGAGUAAGAGGCAACUUGCGUCAGGCAGCUAUUGACAGGUUUUCAAGACCUGAUUCUGAUAGGUUUGUUUUCCUGCUGUGUACAAGGGCAGGAGGCUUGGGCAUUAAUCUUACUGCUGCUGAUACCUGCAUCAUUUUUGAUUCAGACUGGAACCCUCAAAAUGACCUCCAGGCUCAAGCACGAUGUCACAGAAUAGGACAGAGCAAAUCAGUGAAAAUUUACAGGUUGAUUACAAGGAAUUCUUACGAAAGGGAAAUGUUUGACAAAGCUAGCUUGAAGCUUGGCCUUGACAAGGCUGUGCUACAAUCUAUGAGUGGAAGAGAAAAUGCUACAAAUGGGGUGCAACAGCUUUCUAAAAAAGAAAUAGAAGAUCUUCUUCGAAAGGGAGCAUACGGUGCUCUGAUGGACGAGGAGGAUGAAGGGUCUAAGUUUUGUGAAGAGGAUAUUGAUCAAAUUCUCUUAAGGCGAACACACACAAUUACUAUUGAAUCUGAAGGAAAAGGCUCAACAUUUGCAAAGGCUAGUUUUGUUGCAUCUGGGAACAGGACAGACAUUUCCUUGGAUGACCCUAAUUUUUGGCAGAAGUGGGCAAAGAAGGCUGAACUGGAUAUUGAUGCUUUAAAUGGAAGGAAUAACCUAGUUAUUGAUACACCAAGAGUAAGAAAGCAAACCAGACUCUACAGUGCAGUCAAAGAGGAUGAACUGAUGGAGUUUUCAGACCUGGAAAGUGAUUCCGAAGAAAAGCCUAGCACAAAGCCCCGUAGGCCUCAGGACAAAUCACAGGGUUAUGCAAGAAGUGAAUGUUUCAGGGUAGAGAAGAACUUGUUGGUUUACGGCUGGGGUCGUUGGACUGACAUCCUCUCACAUGGGCGCUAUAAACGUCAGCUAACAGAACAAGAUGUGGAAACCAUCUGCCGGACUAUCCUGGUAUAUUGCCUUAAUCAUUACAAAGGGGAUGAAAAUAUCAAAAGUUUCAUCUGGGAUCUGAUCACUCCGACUGCAGAUGGGCAAACUCGAGCUUUGGUUAAUCAUUCCGGCCUGUCUGCACCAGUGCCCAGAGGGAGGAAAGGAAAGAAAGUAAAAGCCCAGAGUUCACAGCCAAUGCUUCAAGAUGCUGAUUGGCUCACCACCUGUAAUCCGGAUGUUUUAUUUCAAGAAGACAGCUAUAGAAAACAUCUCAAACAUCAUUGUAAUAAGGUCCUGCUGCGUGUCCGCAUGCUGUACUAUCUACGACAAGAAGUUAUAGGGGACCAAGCAGACAGGAUCUUAGAGGGUGCUGACUCAAGUGAAGUAGAUGUAUGGAUACCUGAGCCUUUCCAUGCUGAAGUUCCUGCAGACUGGUGGGAUAAGGAGGCGGAUAAAUCCCUUUUAAUUGGAGUAUUCAAACACGGUUAUGAGAAGUACAAUUCCAUGAGAGCUGAUUCAACACUGUGCUUUCUGGAACGGGUUGGCAUGCCUGAUGCAAAGGCCAUAGCUGCUGAACAGAGAGGGACAGACAUGUUAGCAGAUGGCGGUGAUGGAGGUGAAUUCGACAGAGAGGAUGAAGAUCCAGAAUAUAAGCCAACCAGAACUCCUUUCAAGGAUGAAAUUGAUGAAUUUGCAAACUCACCUCCAGAAGACAAAGAAGAGUCCAUUGAAAUCCACCCAAACAAGCACAGUGAAAGCAAUUCUGAGUUAGGCCAACUCUACUGGCCCAACACUUCAACCCUGACUACCCGUCUGCGUCGCCUCAUUACUGCCUAUCAGCGCAGCUAUAAAAGGCAACAAAUGAGGCAAGAGGCACUAAUGAAGACUGACCGCAGGAGACGUCGGCCUCGGGAAGAAGUGAGGGCACUAGAAGCAGAAAGGGAGGCUAUAAUAACUGAAAAACGACAAAAAUGGACAAGAAGAGAAGAAGCCGAUUUUUAUCGUGUAGUGUCUACUUUUGGAAUUAUUUUUGAUCCUAUAAAACAUCAAUUUGACUGGAAUCAAUUCAGAGCGUUUGCCAGGCUUGAUAAAAAAUCUGAUGAAAGCUUGGAGAAGUAUUUUAAUGGCUUUGUGAAUAUGUGUAGACGAGUGUGCCGAAUGCCAGUCAAGCCAGAUGAUGAGCCACCUGAUCUUUCUACUAUGAUUGAACCGAUCACAGAAGAACGUGCUUCCAGAACUUUAUAUCGCAUAGAGCUGUUACGGAAAAUCCGUGAACAGGUUCUUCAUCACCCACAGCUGGGGGAGAGGCUAAAACUUUGCCAACCGAGCUUGGAUCUGCCGGAGUGGUGGGAAUGUGGUAAACAUGACAAAGACUUACUGAUUGGUGCUGCUAAACAUGGAGUCAGUAGGACAGAUUAUCACAUUCUGAAUGAUCCUGAGCUGUCUUUUCUUGAGGCCCACAAAAACUUUGCUCAAAACAGAGGGAUGGGUAAUUCAAAUACUGUCUCUUCUCUACACCCUGUGGGUGCUGGCUGCAGUCAAACACCACCUAUUGUCCCAUCCACACCAGUACAAGAAGAAAAAAGUACAGAACAAACGGAGUCUAAAGUUGAAGGAUCUGAAAAUCCAGCAGCCAAAGAAAAGUCUGAUAUCAAGGAAGAGACAGAUAUUGCAGAUAAAGACACUAAACAGGAUUGUGAUGCUGAGGCUGAGACUGGCUCUGUUAAAUGUGAAUUGAAAGAUAUAGAAAUGAGUACAGACGUAGACCCGAAAUCAAUUUCUGAAAAAGGUUCAGAAGAAGAUGAAGAGGAGAAACUGGAUGAUGAUGACAAAUCAGAAGAGUCCUCCCAACCUGAAGCAGGAGCAGUUUCUCAGGGUAAGAAUUUUGAUGAAGAAAGCAAUGCCUCUAUGAGUACCGCAAGGGAUGAAACACGCGAUGGAUUCUACAUGGAAGAUGGGGAUCCUUCUGUGGUCCAGCUGCUUCAUGAGAGAACAUUUGCCUUUUCUUUCUGGCCUAAGGACCGAGUAAUGAUCAACCGAUUAGACAACAUCUGUGAAGCAGUGCUGAAAGGGAAGUGGCCAGUAAAUAGGCGCCAGAUGUUUGAUUUCCAGGGGCUCAUACCUGGGUAUACUCCAACAGCUGUGGACAGCCCUCUGCAAAAAAGGAGCUUUGCAGAGCUCUCCAUGAUUGGUCAAGCCACCAUCAGUGGCAGUGAAGACAUCACUGCUUCUCCUCAGUUGUCAAAGGAAGAUGCACUCAAUUUAUCGGUUCCACGUCAGAGGAGGAGGAGACGAAGAAAAAUUGAAAUCGAGGCUGAGAGAGCUGCCAAAAGAAGAAAUCUUAUGGAAAUGGUUGCCCAGUUACGUGAGUCUCAGGUGGUCUCAGAAAAUGGACAAGAAAAGGUUGUAGAUUUAUCAAAGGCCUCACGAGAGGCAACAAGUUCUACCUCAAAUUUUUCAUCUGUUACUUCAAAGUUUAUCUUGCCUAAUGUCUCCACACCCGUGUCUGAUGCCUUUAAAACUCAAAUGGAGCUGCUGCAAGCAGGUCUUUCACGCACACCCACAAGGCAUCUACUAAAUGGCUCUUUAAUAGAUGGAGAACCGCCCAUGAAGAGGAGGAGAGGAAGGAGGAAAAAUGUAGAAGGGCUUGAUCUGUUAUUUAUGAGCAACAAACGGACAUCGUUGACUGUAGAGGAUGCAGAAGUGACCAAAGCUUUUGAAGAAGAUAUGGAGGCCCUACCAGCAAGGAACAUUCCAUCUCCUGGUCAACUGGAUCCAGACACUCGCAUCCCUGUAAUCAAUCUAGAGGAUGGGACCAGGCUGGUGGGAGAAGAUGCUCCCAAAAACAAGGACUUAGUUGAAUGGCUUAAAUUGCAUCCUACUUACACUGUAGAUAUGCCAAGUUAUGUACCAAAGAGUGCAGAUGUGCUGUUUUCCUCAUUUCAGAAGCCGAAACAAAAACGACACAGAUGUCGAAACCCUAAUAAACUGGAUAUAAACACCUUGACAGGAGAAGAAAGGGUACCUGUUGUAAAUAAGAGAAAUGGGAAGAAGAUGGGCGGAGCUAUGGCCCCUCCAAUGAAGGACUUGCCAAGAUGGUUAGAAGAAAAUCCUGAAUUUGCUGUUGCUCCAGAUUGGACUGACAUUGUUAAACAGUCUGGUUUUGUUCCAGAGUCUAUGUUUGACCGUCUUCUCACUGGACCUGUUGUGAGGGAGGAAGGAGCAAGCAGAAGAGGAAGAAGGCCAAAAAGUGAAAUUGCCAAAGCAGCUGCAGCAGCUGCUGCUGUAGCAUCAACUUCGGGAAUCAACCCACUACUAGUGAACAGUCUGUUUGCUGGAAUGGACCUCACCAGCCUCCAGAAUCUACAGAACCUGCAGUCUCUCCAGCUCGCAGGCCUCAUGGGCUUUCCGCCAGGGCUAGCAACAGCUGCUGCUGCUGGGGGGGAUGCUAAAAAUCCGGCUGCCAUGUUGCCUCUGAUGUUGCCAGGGAUGGCUGGAUUGCCCAAUAUGUUUGGACUAAGUGGAUUGUUGAAUAACCCAAUAACAGCUACUACUGGAAAUGCCACUACUGCUUCCGGUCAAGGAGAGACUGAGGAUGGCGCUUCAAAAGCUGAAGAGAAGAAAAAUGAGAAUGAAGAGGAGAACAAAGACUCUGAGAAAAGCACAGACACUGUUUCUGCUACUGACUCUGCGAAUGGAUCUGUCAGUGCUGCUACUGCGGCGACUACCGCCACUGCCACCACUACCACCACCACCAACACUGGAUUGCCCACAAACCCUCUGGCCUUCAAUCCUUUCCUGCUGUCUACCAUGGCUCCUGGCCUGUUCUAUCCAUCUAUGUUUCUACCUCCGGGACUGGGAGGAUUGACUCUGCCUGGUUUCCCAGCACUAGCAGGACUUCAGAAUGCAGUGGGCUCCAACGAAGAGAAGGCUACUGACAAAACUGAAGGAACUGCCUUUAAAGAUGAAGAAAACCUGGAAGGCAGUGAUGCAGAGGAGAGCCUUGAUAAAACUGCAGAUUCCUCCGUUUUAGAAGACGAAAUAGCACAGGGUGAAGAAUUAGACUCACUUGAUGGGGGGGAAGAAAUAGAAAACAAUGAAAAUGAUGAAUAACCAGUACCAGUUACAGUUGAAGUGUUUUAAACUUUUGACAAGUGGUAGUCCUACUGUUUACACUCACAGUUAAUGUCCAUACUUAGUUUUUAUAAGCUGUUCUGUAACAUAGUGUAGCAAAAAAAAAAAAGUUCAAGUCAUGUUAUACAGAUGUGUCAAAAGGUAUCUUGGUCAUUAAGUAUUGUGCAGUGCAUUAUUUAUUAUCCCUAGGAGAGAUGAAAUUUGAGAGGUGAUCAUGUCUUUUUAAGGAAAUUGACAUAAUGCUCUGCUUUUUUUUUUUUUCUUUUGGUACCAUUGGUAUUAUGAAAAGCAGCAAUUUGUAAUCAAGUGGCACUAAAUAGAAGGAAGUGCUGCUUAAAGGAAGGAUGAAGUUAUAUAUUUAAUUUUUUAUUUUUUAUUUUGUUUUGCUGUGAAGGUCAAGAUGAAAUUUACCAUACAUAUCGUACUCGCGCUUCAUUUUGACUGUAUGGGAGUUCACCCGCUCACAUGCGCGCACACACCCACACACACACACUCUCUCUCUGACAAUCUUCAUGAUAGUGUGAAUGUCUCUGUCUUGAGACGCAGCAAUAAUAAGGCAGCUGUUGAAUGUGAAGAGUACCUUUUGGAAAUUUACCCGCGGAGAAGGUUCUUACAGGAUAAAGCUACAGUUUAAUCGUCUCGUGAUCUUGUAAUGCACUGGUAUAAACAAAAAGAAAAAAAUCAGGUACCUUUUUUAAAUUAAAGGACUUUGUUACUUUAGCCACAAAGCUAAACAGCAUUACCUCAACUCUAAACUAGCCUUGAAGUUUACAGACAUGACUUUGUAAAUGUAUUGUUUUUCUUUGUUGUGAUGUCUUUUUAUUUUUUUUUUUUCUUUGGAAACUGCUAUCAUGUAAGAUAAGAUGUAAAUUGCUGCCAACUGUAGUAAUGAUGCUUUUAAUAAAAGUGACCCAUGAUAUGCAGAGAUGUAAUUAUAAAAUGUAGUGUUUAGGGACAUCACAACUGGUGUUCAUGUUUUAUAUUUGCAUUGUGGCUUUUUGCAGCGUUUUCUGCUAUACUCCCUAAUAGAUUAGUGGCUGUAAAUGCUGAACUUAUUGUCUUCACGGGACUAGGCAGGAAGAGAAACCCUGAAUUACCUUCAUAUUUUUGACUCUAAGUAACUCUGCAGAAAAGCACACUAAAAAGCCUACUUUACUCCUUCAAAAGGGGCAUGAGAGACUGAGAAUACUUUAAAAUGUGUUCAGCAUGUGAUAAUAUGGUACACUGAAGAACAAAAGGGCAAAAGAAAAAUGAGGCUUUAAUAGGCACAAUAUCUAGGUCAUUUAUCCUUGGUUAAUGGGUAGAAAAACACAAUGCUGUAGUGACAGCAAGGAAUACAAAGGCUCUGUGGUAUCCUGUAGACCAGAGCUUGUGAUGCCAGAAACCACUGUGUCAAACAACCUACAUGAAACUAAAACUGACCCACUUUUCAUAAAAACCAGCGUCUCUUCUGGAGGGCUACCGAUUUGUACCCUUUUGUGACCUUUGAUAUUGGAGAUAAUGUACCAUUUGAGAACUGAUGUUUUCAUAUUGUUGUCACCUUGACACACACGUACACAACCGUCUUGAUAGUGAGGAUAAAAGGUUAGGUCUGCAGUAGAGUACAUGAAAAAUUAGCUCUUUGAGUAGCCAGCUGUGGGUGGACCCCUGUCUUAUGAUUAAUUUUACCUGUGCUUUUGGAGAGCUGCAACCCUCUCACAUCCCCUGUGAAUUUGCACAAGAGCUCGAAUUAAGGAGUACUGCAAGGCCAGAACUCAGCCGUGAGGAGGAUGCGUUACAAGGGGUGAACUUGCCCUGAAAGGAGCGUUCAACGAACAAUGAAAGUAGAUGAGAAAUGAAAGCUUAGGAAGUGAAUUUGGUGUGAAUGAAUCACAGGCAUGCACUGCUGAAAUGAAUAGGUGGCAGAAUGUCUCGUAGUGCCACUUAAAUAGAUCAUACGGAGUUAAUGAAGGUCAGGAAGGAUUUCCUCCUGCCGUGUCCGUCACUGGACAGCUGACGAGGUGUGUUAUUCCUGCCUCUUUCUAAAACAUUGCACGUAGAUCAGGACAAGAAGUGAGAGGCUGAAGGCCAAGGUAUAUUAACUUGAUCUGGUGUGUUGAAUCCAUUCUAUCUGUUAUUUAAGUUGUUUAAAUGACUGGUGUCUUAUUUUGUCUUCUGUUUCUAGAACUUCCCCUGUAAAUGUGGCUAGGUGCUUCCUGUUGUGUGUAUUUCACAUACUGAUAUAAAAUAGCUCUUUUCUAAAUUCAGUUUUAUAAUUCCCAGCAAAGAUUUAAGCAGACUAAUGAUAUCCCUUGGGAGGCCCCUUUUUAAUUGGCAAGAAUAGAAAUUAUAUUGUUAAAUGCCACGCGAACCCUUUUCAUUCUCCUAACCCUCUUCCUCUGUCAAAACGAGGGGGAAAUUCAGGUAACUGCCUACUUCUGCCUGCAGGUUUUUGACACUGAAACAUCCAAGUCAUGACAUAGGGUGUCCGAGGGACAUAGUAAGCAAAUCUUACCCCUAUUAGAAGCAUUCCUCAAAGCAGUUAUUACUCAUCUGUGUUUCCCGUUCAAAGCAAAACUGAAACUGGAGAACUGCUGUAGCAGCGUGGAUGCUGUGAUGGUGGGGGAGUCUCUGGGCUUUUCCGCUUGCUUUCCAGCUGCUCUGCUUCCUCCAGGUUAAGCAGACUGCUCACCUGUUGGAAAGAAGGCAGAGUUUGAUUUUGGAAAGGAUAUGGGCCUUGGUAUGAAAAAUGAAGUGGGGGGAUUGCCAUCUAAUGUCCAAGAAAUGUAUUACAUGAAAAUAUGAAGGUUUUUCUUUAAUAAGACAGAGUUUUUAAUAUGUUAAUUAUUGCAGUGAUUCUCACAAAGUUUUAAAGUGUGUCUAAAUGAAUAAAAGCUUACGUGCGUUAAGAUGAUUAGAACAUGCUAUCCUCAACUUGAUUCACAGCUGGAGCACCUUCCUGCCCAUCUCAAUUGGAAGCCUUCUGCCAGUACCUGUGUUUUGCUGGACCCCUCCCUUAUGCUCACAGAAUUGCUAAUGGGGAAUGUCAAGGAGUACAAGUGACUUUGGAGGAGCGUGUAUUUGUGUCAAAGUAUACAA